GGUGUGUGUGUGUGUGUGAAGCGCCUAACGGCCUCUUGGAGUGAGGCGGGGCGAGAGGUGACGGGCUGCGGCGAGAACCAAUGAGACGGCUUGGCUGAGCGUGAUCGACCAAUGGCACCGGGGGUAGGGCUGCGAGGGGGCGGGGCUGAGGCUGAGGCGGCGGCGGCGGAGCGCGGCGGGCGGCGAGCGGUGAGCGGGGCCGGGGCCGGUGCGGGGUCCCGGGCCGGUGACCGUCCGGAGGGGCUCUCCGGUCCCCCGCGAUUCCCCCAGCGGCCGAGCUUUCCCCGAUCCCCAGCGCCAUGGCGGAGCCGCGGUACCUGCAGGCCGACUGCGCCUUCCGGCACGGGGGACACACCGUCCGGCUGACCCUCACCCGCUCGAUGCUGGACGUGGAGGUGGAGGCUCAUCUCACCGCCGACCAGUGGAGGGGGGAGUUUGACGCCGCCUUCAUCGAGGACCUGACUCACAAAACGGGGAAUUUCAAGCAAUUUGGCAUUUUUUGCAGCAUGCUGGAGUCGGCGCUGAUGCAGAGCAGCGAGUCCGUCAGCCUGGAGCUCCUCACCUACGCCGACCUGGAGACCCUGCGCAGCCGGAAAACGGGGGCGAUCGCCCGGCCCCCAACUUCUGCCGCCUCCCCGCUCAGCGCCAAACGUUACCUCAUCCUCGUCUACUCCGUCGAGUUCGACAGGAUCCACUACCCGCUGCCGCUGCCCUACGCGGGGAGGUCGGAUCCUGCCGCGCUGCGCAGGCUGGUACGGGAGCUGAGGGAGGAGCUGGCGCAACUCCGGGCUCGGCACGGGGAGGAUCGCCGAAACGCCGAGAUCCGGCACCUGCGGGAAGAGCUGCAGCGGGCGCUGGAAGAGAAGCGGGCGGCGGAAGCGACGCUGCGGGCGUCGCGGCGAGAGCCGGGUGACGGGACGGCGACGGAGACCGCGGCUCUGCGACGAGCGACGCGCCGGUUGGAGGACGAGCUGCUACGGGAAAAAACCCGGCACCGACGCGAGCAGCGGCAGUUGGCCGCGGAGCUUGCGGAGGCGAAGGCGUCGGAGCGGAGGCUGCAGCUGCAGGUGAAGAGCCUGACGGCCGAGCUGGCUUCCUGCAAGAGGGGCCGCCGGUCGCCCGCCGGCACGAUUCCUCGCCCCCAGGAGCGCCGGUCCCUCUCCGGCACCCGGCACCCGUCGCGUUCGGCGUCCCGGGAGAGUCGUGGCGGCAGCCAGGGUCGCCCCCCGCCGCGGUCCCCGUCGCCUGCAGGCUCCCGCCCGCCGCGUUUCGACCCCACCGCCUUCGUCAGGGCCCGGCAGCGCCGGCAGAAGGAGGCCGAGCUCAAAAACCAGCGGCGCGGGGCGGCUUUCGGCAGCGCCAGCCCGGCAAGGAGCCGCGGGCGCAGCUCCUCGGCCGAAAGUUUCCGGAGCCGGCGCUCGGCGGCGAUGAGCUCCGGCAGCGACGCUGAUGAGCGCCCUGAACCCCUGCCCCCCAGGAGGGCAACCCGCACCCGGAGACCCCUGAGCGCCUCGUCCUGCAACGGCCCCGGCGUGGCCUCUUGCCCGGCCGCCGGCCACAAGCCGUCCGCAGGCAACGCCGCCGGCAAACGCCCCGGUAAAGAGAACCGUUACGAGGAGCCCUCGGCUGAGCUGGCCGAGAUCGACGCCCGGCUGCAGGCGCUGCAGGAGUACAUGGACAGCCUGGACACCUGCACGUGACCCCCCCGGGGACCCCAAACCCCCCCGGGGACCCCCAGACCCUCCCCUGGGGACUCUCCCCAUGUCCCCAGAGGUGACAGUGCUGGCAUGGGGUGGGGGGAACAUCGUCCCCCCAAAUAAACCCUCGUGUGGC